GUAAACAAACACCAAGUAAGCAUCAUGACGCCAUCGACCCGAGGGUCGGAUAGCGUUAGUACUUCCACGGCGGCGACGGAUGCUGUGCGCCGCGUGUACUUUCGAGAGAAGCAGCGAGAGCACCGCAUGAAGAACAGGUCCAAACAUUCUCGGCUGAUGCAGCGAGUCCACGACCUGGAGAAGCUGCUUCGGCUUGCCACGAUGUCGACCACCAAGCUGCCACCACGGAAGAGACCUUUGAGCAAUCAAAGCGACUUACUGCUUCCAUGGAAAGUCGUCGCAGAUGUAAUGAAGCAGGAACUCGAAGCGUCGGAAGCAUGUCAAGCCAUCUUACGCGACCGCAUAGACAUGUCCGUUGCAGUUAUCCGAGACAUGCAGCGCUUUGCGUCUCUUCACGACUCCCUUCUACAGCCAUCGUGGAGACACAUGACGCUGUUUGCGAACCCAGAAUCCAGACACCUCGGGAAACUGUGGAUCACACAGCACAUGUACCUGAACAAGGACGCCGUGUUCCAGCAUUUUGCGUUUCCUCCGCUGAGUUCGCCCGAGCGAGUGCAGGAGUACGACCUCGUCUUCACAGAGAGCGACUGCUACUACCUCCUGCAGCGCUCCCACCUCACGUUCGACGUCCCCAUGGAGGCGCUGCGACGGAUGAACCACGAGCACUUGUGCUCGUUGCUGCUGCUCGCCGACAGCACUUCCAAUGACGAAAAGAUUGACGAGCCCGACAUGCGGUACCAAGUGACGCCACUGGGCGAGUGUGUGAAUGUGGUGCUGGGGGAGUUUGCAGAUGGACAUCACCAGUGCACCCAUGUGGUUCAGCAGAUCCAAGACGACGAGCGUCGACCGCACUCGCACCGCCAGCGAAAUCGGUCCACGUGGUCGGAAAUAUCAAUUUAUACAGGGAAUGACAUUGUGUUGCAGGAUUGAACUCACGCGGAUAUCGCCGCGCCAGACAAAGGUGCGGGCGCUGUCGAUCAUUUCCCAGAGCCGACGGAAGCAUGGACUGGUGCCGCUGGACGAAGAAGCGACGCAUCUGGGCCUCGUCGACACGACAGACGUCAGCGACCGCCGCUUUCGAACGCAACUGCUCGCUCGCACAAGUCUCAACUCGGACUCGGUCAACAACAACAUCCCCGCCAUCCUCGCGCAAAUCAUGGCGGAACUGCAUGACAGUCGUUACCCUAUAAGAGCACAGCAUGACAAUGUAUGAACCAAGACUUGCCCAGUGUAUUGGUCCAUCCAGGCAAAGCUGGUAGCUCCAUAUUGAAGUGGAAAUAUCGUUCGGAAAGUCCAUUCCUUGUGUACAGAG